CACAAUCUUUCCUUUGCUUUGUUUAAUAUACUUGGUGUGUGUGGCAUUCAAAAAUGGCUAUGGUGUUGAAUGUUUCUUCUGCUUUUCAUUUGAACAUCUCAUCCUCUCUUCUACCCUCCUCUUCUUCUUCAUUUCCCAGUUCUUCUGCAUUCACUUCCUCCAAAAUUCCCUCCUCUGAUUCCUUUCCUAUUGCAUCAUUAUUGCCUUCACCCAGAAAGAGAAGAGCUCUUCUCUUUCCUUCUGUUUCCCUCAAUAAUCAACCAGGUGAAGCUAUUGAUUCAGCUCAUGAAGAGGAGGAAGUUGAAGUAGAGCCCAGUGAGACUCUAUUGUAUGCCUUCACUCCUUUGCCUUUGCUUUUUGUGGCUGCUCUUCCUGGAGCUGGAACAUCUCUGUUCGGGCCAUUUGUCGAGCUUGUUAAAUCAUGGAGUCUUCCAGACUGGCUUGUUCAUUGGGGUCACCCUGGUGACAUGGCUGUCGUGCUUUUCGCUAUGGGCAGUUAUGGAACUUAUCUUGGUUUCCGAAUACAGUUUUCUAAUGAUGUGGAGGAGAAAGCCAAUGCCAAGGACUUGCACCCAAAACUUCUAGGGGAAAUGUUUUUCUUCUUGGCAUUAGGAGCUACAGGUGGAAUAACAGCUCUUCUGACUUCAGAUAAGCCUAUCUUUGAGAGCCCUCAUGCUGUGACAGGUUUGAUUGGCCUUACUCUCUUGACUAUACAGACCAUAUUGCCAUCAUUGUUUGAGGGAAAUCCCGGAUUGUGGAAUGUGCAUGGGAUCUUGGGUAGUGGGAUCAUGACACUUGCAUUGAAGGAUCCACUCUUUCUUGUCCAUGCUGCUCUUGGACUUCAACUUGGCCUCAGUUUCUAA